AUGACGAAAGGCAACCAGCAAGAUGAUGACACCCACAACAGCGCGGGCCAGGGCACAGCCGAGGGCGAGAGCAUUUCCGAUACUGAAAACAGAGAGAUAUUGGAUGCCAUUGUGAAACAGUACGCAGCUGAAGGCAGGGACAUUGCCAACCCUAUUGUUGCUCCUCCAUUGGGAAGGGAAACCGAGAAGACAUCGAUACAAGGGCAGUCCGAAGAGGAAGUCCAAAGUGAAACUACGGAUAUCGGGAACCUGUACUCAGCUCAAGGCCAAGAAAUGGGAACGACUACUGGCAGAACCCUUUCAGAAGGACAGUCAGGAGAAAUUGAUCCCCAGAAGAAAGGAGACAGAUUGAACCCUGCUGGUAUCCAGCGACAUCAUUCAGCAGAAGGGAUAGAUGCUGCUUUGUGUGAAGCAGCAAAUGUCGUUCCUCCACCACCUGCUGAUGGUGAAGUCCCUGGACCAAAUGACGAAGACGACUAUCAAGUACCCGGUGCUUAUGCUGUGGCGCCGGCUCCUUCUGGCAAUCAAGAACUGGAGAGAGAUAUGGAAGCCUUGAUGCCAGAACAUGCCCCCACAAACAAUGUCCAAGAUAGCAAUGAAGGCCUGGCAGUGGCAAAUCCUGUGGAAAGUACUGAAGACUUGCCGCACGCAGAUGAGCAUCAUGAACCUGCCAUUGAUAGAACGAGCGAAAGAGCCACUGAACGGACUAUGUUUCUACUUGGAAUUGGUGUGUUUGUUGUUGGAAUCAUUGUGCUUGCAGUGAUUGUAUCACAGAGUCGAAAAGCAGAUGCAGAAGCUACAUUGACUGUGUCUCCCUCGCAGGUCAACCCCACAGCUCCAUCUUUUUCACCAACAUCGUUUCUGCAGGGAUACGUUUUUGGGAUCUUGCCUGAUUACACGAUUGGUGCACUUGACGAGCUAGAGUCUCCACAGUCGAAAGCGUUCACAUGGCUUUUGGAAGAUCUCAGCCUAACCAGCUACUAUGUUGAGCAAGAAUGGAGAGUUCUCCAAAGGUUUGCAUUGGCAACACUAUACUAUUCAACUGGUGGUCCCUACUGGACCAAAAAUGACAACUGGUUGUCACACGUUGAUCAUGAAUGCACCUGGUACGGAAGUGAUCCCCUACCCAAUGCCUUACCCAUUGGGACUGGAUCUCAGUACUUUGCUGUUGAGCAUCCAAACCCAUGUCAACUAUUGAACUCCACAGCCAUUCACCAUGACCCACAAGGCAAUGUCAUGCAAGAUGCUUAUAUAGAGAAGGAUGCAUACCAGCAGCUUUGGCUGCACAGAAACAAUUUGACGGGUCAAUUUCCAAAAGAAAUGUUCUUGCUGACAUCCUUGAAGACCAUGAGCUUCUUUGGGAGCCCGAUUGGCGGCACCUUACCUCCACAGAUUGGAAAUCUUCAGGACUUGCAGGCAGUCAUUAUUAGCAUGCUGCCUCUCACUGGCUCUUUGCCAAGUGAGAUUGGCAUGCUAAGCAAUCUAGCAUUUGCAAUCAUGGACAGAAACCGACUUACAGGAUCAUUCCCUGUGGAGAUUGGGAUGCUGACAAACCUGGAGUUCCUGAUCAUUGAUGGGAAUCAAAUCUCAGGAACAUUGCCUCAUCAGAUCUCCAGGCUUAGCAAAUUGGAAACGCUCUAUUUGGGGUCAAAUUCUCUCUCUGACACCAUUCCAACGGAAAUAGGACAGCUCACAUCUUUGGGAGCAUUUCCAGUCAACAACAAUGCCCUCACAGGAACUAUUCCCUCUGAAAUCGGGAACUUGAAUGCUCUUACAAGCCUAAUCCUACAAGACAACAAGCUUACAGGUAAUAUACCUGAAGCCAUUGCCAAUUUGAACCUCCUCAGGACGAUGUAUAUGGGUUCAAACUUCCUAACUGGAUCACUACCAACGGAAUUUGGGCUCCUUUUCUCCUUGACAAAAAUGCGCCUGAAUGAGGUGUUCUUGACUGGGGUGAUUCCCUCUGAGUUCGGCAAUCUUCCAGGGUUGAUGGUCCUGAGUUUGUAUGGGGGUCAGUUCACUGGGAAAUUGCCCUCAGAACUAGGACAGAUACAGCCACUCAAAAAGUUGGAGGUCCAAGGCAAUCGUCUCACAGGCCAGAUUCCUUCUGAAAUUGGCGCCUUGCAACAGCUGAAAGUCUUCCUUGCUCAACAGAAUCAGUUUAGUGGGACCCUUCCAGAGGAGGUUCGGGAGCUGAUCAACUCAACUGCUUCCGUCCUAGGUGUCUUCAAUGCAACCCAAAACAAGUUUGAUGACGUCCAGGUUCCAGGGGUUCCACUUUGCUGGAUUAAUGAAACCUAUUUUGUUGGCCCCAAGAUGUCUGAUGUUCCAAGUUAUUGUGUUGAUGCUGUUCCAAGAUACACUGAUGCUCCUGGCUGCCAGUGUUGA